CUAUUGCUUAUGUUUUGUAAUUAGCUCUGAAAAGUGGGACUAAUUUGUAGACAAAAUACAAUUGAAUUUGUUUUGAAUUAGCGUUUAAUUCACUGUUUUUAUAGCAAUUAAUAGUGAACUGAGUUUAAUAGACACGUUAUGUUCACUAUAUUGUGAUUACAUUACUAUAGUAUUGAUCGCCAAAUGCUGUGAAAAAGUGUUUUACGGCUUUUUCACACGAAAUACAUUUUAGUCUUAAUUAACGGUAUUAUUAAUUGUCUUAUAAUUUAUUCAUUGUUUGUAAUCCAUGGCUAAAGAGUACGACCACUUGUUUAAGUUAUUGAUAAUCGGCGACAGCGGCGUCGGCAAAAGUAGUCUUUUGUUGCGAUUCGCGGACAACACCUUCUCCGGCAGUUAUAUCACCACAAUUGGCGUCGACUUCAAGAUCCGCACCAUUGAAGUGGACAACGAGAGGGUGAAGCUCCAGAUAUGGGACACCGCCGGACAGGAGCGCUUCCGCACCAUUACGUCGACUUACUACAGGGGAACCCAUGGGGUGAUCGUUGUGUACGACGUGACCAAUGGCGACACCUUUGCUAACGUCAAGCGAUGGCUGCAUGAGAUCGACCAGAACUGCGAUGUCGUCAACAGGAUAUUAGUGGGCAAUAAGAACGACGACCCGAACCGUAAGGUUGUGCUCACAGAAGACGCUCAACGGUUCGCCCAACAGAUGGGGAUUCAGUUGUUCGAGACGUCGGCCAAAGACAACAUUAAUGUCGAAGAGAUGUUUAAUUCGAUCACAAGAAUGGUUUUGCGGACAAAGAAGGAACAAAAAGAUCGCCAGAACUCUAAUGACGGCGCCAUUAAAGUCGGCAAAGGAAGCGCUCACAAGAGUCGGCACAAGAAGUGCUGCUAAUUAUGGCUGAAAUAAUUGUUUUGAUUAUUUGGUAAUAAUUAGUGAUUUG